CAAAACUAAAAUAACCUCAAAGUCAAAUGUUGUUUACGAAAUUACGAAAAUCUAAAAAUUCAAUUAAAAAUAUCAUUUUUCUCGCUAUAAAUUAUACAAUACUGGAAGUAUGACUGUGUAUUUAUCAAGAUUUGUAAUACCGACGCUCCGAACCGUUGCAAACUGUAGAUUUUUGUCUACUUGCCUCUCGGAUGUAAAACCGGCAAGAAAUCUGUUUUUCCCCAACAAAAAUGAUUUAUUUCGUGUUGGACAGCAUUUUUUUAGAAACUAUUGCAUUGAAACUAUCCAACCUACGACCAUGGCUCUCGAUAGUGCGAGUUUACCCUUGAAAAAGAAGACCACAUACAAAAAGGCAGUAUUGGAAGAAUUGACUAUGGAAAAAGGACAUUAUUUAACUUUAGCGUACGCUACAGCAAAUUGCUAUGACAUGAAAGCUUUGCGAGAGGGUCUAGUGCAGCAGAAGCUUUACGAACCGGGAACGUUAAAAACUCAAGAAGUUGGCGAUGUACUGCUGGCAAGUGCAGUGUAUGCUAUAGGGGAUGAGCCGAGAGAGAUUAUAUUCUUCAGAGAAGGGGCCGUGGUGUUCUGGAACUGCACUGAGCUGGAGGCUAAUAAUGUGCUGGACUUUAUUCGGCCGUUUGAAAUGGAAAGCUAUCCUAGAGAUGUGGUGACAAAAGAGAGAGAAAUCAUGACUUAUCAAUAUCAACCUAAUGCAAAAAGGUGUUCUCUUCAAGAGUCUUGUUUUGUCCUGGUGCCAAAUUCAGAUAAUUCACUGGAGAGAUAUUCUUUCAGUCAUGCCAUGGCGCAGUCGGCGCGGCUGGGCGCGUGGGAGGCGCGGCUGGAAGCGCUCGCGUCGUCGGUGAGGGCACACACGGACCUCAUGGAGAAAGCGGGCGCCGUCCACGUGGAGAAGAAAGAGGUGGUGCGCAAAUUGGGACAGCUGCUAUCUCUCCGGCAUCGCAUCAACGUGGAGUCGGAUCUCCUGGACACGCCCGACUGCUACUGGGAGGACGAGAGGCUGGAGAUGCUGUACUCCAGCACCGUGGCUUACUUCACCAUCCCUCGGCGGACCAGGGUGCUGAACGAGCGUCUCUCUCACUGCGUGGAGCUAUUAGAGUUGCUGUCAUCAUGGGCGGCGGACAGACACCACGUGCGGCUGGAGUGGAUGGUGAUAGCACUCAUAUUGGCGGAGGUCAUGUUCGAGCUGCUGCACUGCUUCGAGCGUUACGUGUGGACAGACAAGAAGGUAGAGCUCAGGCAUUAGAGGAGCUUCUGGAAUACGCUAACUUACACAUUGAAUACUAGAUGGCGCUGUACGGAAUUCAAUCACGCCAUAAGACUUUCGCGCUUUAUGUUAAGACCAUUUUUAUACAACCAUGAUGAACAUUGACAGUGACAGGCGAAAUCUAGUGAUGUACAGACCCCAACAAGCUUAUCAUUCGGUCAGUUAUCAAAAAAUAAAAUAUAAGGUUUUUGUUCUCUUUAUAAUUAGUUGUAUGAAUUCUGCUUACAUGUUACAUCUAUCAAAAAUGUCGUUAAAUAAAAUUGGUCUAUAUUAAAUCUUACUAAUCAUUGCAACUUCUAAAAUACUAACUAGAUGGCGUUGAACGAAAUUCAGUCGCGCUAAGGAAUCUCGCGCAUUAUGGAUCUUGCUUUUUUUUAAAUCCCGUGGAAACUCUUUGAUUUUACAGUACAAAAAGUAGCAUAUGUCACUCAUAAGCAAAAAAUUAGAUCAAUCCGUUGCCCCGUUGCGGUAUGAUUGACGGACACAUUUUCGCAUUUAUAAUAUGAGUAGUGAUUAAACCGCUGCAAGAAUAUCACUAUUUACUUUUAUUACUUUACAUGUUUGCCAUAAUACUUUUGUAAAUACAUAAUAUUAUAUCUUUAAGCAAACAUUUAGAUGGUGAUUUAGACAAUGCAAUAAAAGCUAAGAAAUAUUAUUUUGUAAGAAGUAGGUAGGUAUAUUUAUUGAUUUAGUUAUGGUUAAGUUAUAGAAAAUCAAUAUAAUUUUUUUAUAAAAUUGUA